UAAAAACUGGAAUUAAUUAAUUACUGUGUAUUAAGUGGCUCACAUCAUUCGAAUGUGAUUUAAGAGUAAACGUUAUUCAGCUUGAUAUGGGGCUGAAUUAGUCCUAUAGCCGAGUAACUUGUAAUUCGCUGUUUUAUUGAUGCCGUAAAUAUGCUGUGGGUUUAUUAGCAUAAGUAUGUUUUAGUGACGCUGCUGUAAAUUGAAGACGCUAAAUCAUGGCUGGCUUGAGAUUUUCAAGUCUCGUUUCAGUCUGCAAACGUAUUUAACAGUUUGAUUACCUUAUAAAUAGUCUGUAUGGAGACGGUGGGCAAGCUUUUGUCAUUUUUUUUCAAAGACGAAAAAACUAAAAUAAGCGGUGACGCAGGCAUUCUGAUGACUGAGCUGCUGAAGAUAUUUGUAGAAGAGGCUGCCCGAAGAUCAGUGAAGCAGGCAGAUGCAGAAGAUUGUGACCUGGUUGACAUUGAGCACUUUGAGAAGAUCUUACCACAACUGGUUAGUCUGCAAGGCCCUUUUGUCUCCUGGACUUCUAGUAACCUUUGCUUCCACAUUCUUUGUGUGUCAUAUGAUUGCUGGGGACGAGAGAUUCCUUCACCUUGAGUGUUAUCAGUUGCCCUUGUUAUCACUCACUGCAAUAGGAGUGUGGAGAUCUGUCUCUGAACACACAUCAUAACGUGAAUCAGCAGUGAAGGAACAAGAAAUGCCACGAGUCAACAGUGGAAUGAUGUUCCUUCAUUUACAGGAUAGAUGUGUCCUUCCAAACAGACUACCCUUUGGGUAGUGAGGACAGAAAACUGCUUCAUAAGACCCCAUAUCCUGCAUCAGCUGGUUUCUUAUUUUGGUCCAUGUUUUUUGUGUGUAAUAGAUUCAACCCAGAGGCUUUCUCCCAAACAAAGCCUGUUUCCUAUUUCAACAUUUUACAAGUUUUAAAACAUCUUGGUAUAUGAAUGACCUAAACUGCAACGUUGCAAUGUGUCUUUAUAGAGUUUAGACGUUACUUUUUUUCCAUGAGAUGGGAUAAAAGUCCAAUGGAUUAAAUGUUCUGCCACUAUGUCUGACUUACAAUUUAGCACCUAGUUUACCUAGCACCUACUAUACUCUGUUAUGAAAUUGAUUUCUCUCUAGUAACUGUAUUUGUAUUUUUGUGUAGUGUGGAAAAUAAAUAUUUGUCUAGUCAAAA